ACCAUAUGGCAGCCAUAUCUUUCUAAUUCCUCAACAGAAACCAAAGACAACUCCUUGAUUAUUAUUUUUUUUUUUUUGUCUUCCUCAGUAAUAACCAAGCAUCAAUCAUAGCUUUUUGUGUGGUCCACCAGAAAAUAUCAUAUUUGACACAUAGAAGCUUCUAUUUACUUCAAUUUAUUUGUAUUGAAAUGUCAAAUAUUUCAGGUGAUGAAGGAAGCUUCUCCUCAGGAAACAAUGGAGAAGAAGUUAGUAAGCAGCAAGAGGUACAAAAUAAUCUCAAUGACUCAAGUUCAGGUCCAUCUGGUGCAUGCAAUAGCAAUGGUUCCACUAAUCAACAGCAAAAUAAGAAGAAAAGAAACCUUCCUGGAACUCCAGAUCCUACUGCUGAAGUGGUUGCAUUAUCUCCAACAACAUUAAUGGCAACAAAUAGAUUUGUGUGUGAGAUAUGUAACAAGGGUUUUCAGAGGGACCAGAAUCUUCAGUUACACCGAAGAGGUCACAAUCUUCCAUGGAAACUUAGGCAAAGAACAAGUGCAGAGGUGAAGAAAAAGGUGUAUGUGUGCCCUGAGCCAUCAUGCGUUCACCAUAAUCCAUCUCGAGCAUUAGGUGACCUUACUGGAAUCAAAAAACAUUUUAGCCGCAAACAUGGUGAGAAGAAAUGGAAAUGUGACAAGUGCUCUAAAAGAUAUGCUGUUCAAUCAGAUUGGAAGGCUCACCAGAAAACUUGUGGUACUAGGGAAUACAAAUGUGAUUGUGGAACCAUAUUUUCUAGGAGAGACAGUUUUAUAACCCACAGAGCAUUCUGUGAUGCAUUAACUGAAGAAAACAACAGAGUAAACCAAGGAUUAACUAGUGGCAUGCCACCAAACUUGCAAAGCCAAAUGCAUGAUCCUAUUUCUACCAUGCCUCUAAAACCUGUUUCCAACACUUCCUCAGAAUUAAACAAUGACUAUGACCCUAAAAACUCACUAAGAUCCCCAUCUCAAGAACAUGCUCCAACAUCAUUCAGAUCAACCAACAAUGCAUGCGGUGGCAUGUUCUCAACUAGUGCAGGUGCACUUUUUGGUGGCCCAAAAACCUUGCCUCCAUCUUCUUCAACCCUUCAACUUAGUUCCAAUUCCAACAGCUUCAAUUACUUCAAUGACAGUAAAAACGGAGGACUAAUUGCUGGCAUGGCUCAAAUGUCGGCAACCGCUUUACUACAAAAAGCAGCACAAAUGGGUGCUACUGCAAGCAAUAGUGGGAACUCUUCCAUGAUGCAGAAAAGCUUUGUUGGUAGCAUGGUUAGUCCUAAUCAUGUUUCUGGUUCCAUCAUGAUGCAUCAUAACCAAAACCAACCCUCUUAUGAACACUUUAAUCCACUACAGCAUGAAUUAUCUAACAUGGCUGGUGUUAGUGGUGGAGGAGCAUUUACUAACCAAUUGUUUCAAAAAGAACAACAAGAAAUUUCAUUACUGUUUGAUAACAAUACUAAUGUGUCUACAAUGAAUAAUGAUAUUGGAAUGUUUAGCCAUCAUGGAUUGAUGAAGAAUGUUGGACAAGAGGUUAGUAACUGUUCAAAUUUGAUACAUGGAAAUGAUGUGGCAACAGUUCAUGAUUUCUUGGGAAUUGGUGGUUCAAGCUCAAGUUUGCAUGAACCGCAGCAACAAAGAUUGGAAGCAUUGAGUCAACAGAGGUUGGAAAUUAUGAAUAAUUUUCAUCAUCAUCUUCCACAUGAGGAUUCAGCAAUGGAGAAAUCAAUUUGGGAUGUUUGAGUGAUGAAGAAAAAUCAUGUUUAUUUUAGUUGAAUUUUUUUCAAAGUUGGAAAUUUGAAAGCCUGUGAUUCUAAUUACAGGCAGGAAUUGGCUAAGUAGUGUGGAAGGUUUCUAUGUUUAGAUUAUGCUCUUGAAUAGAAAGGAAAAAACAAUAAUCUAUUUGGAAAAAACUCAUACUUCAGUUUGGAAUUGAGUUUAGUGAGAAAUCUUUCUUUGUUCCUUAUUUUGUAUUUAUGUCUUUUAUUUUUAUAAUUUUUUAUCACACCACCUAUCAUAUUUCUCAUACAAA